UUGCGGAGCGGUAUCAGUUACAAGUUCGCGCUCUAUCGCAUCAAGACAUUGGCAUAAAUUUGUUCCAAAGAAGUUUUGUAGGAAUUUGAGCAAGAAAUGGCGAUGCAAGGUACCCUUCCACCUUACGGCACUUUCCUGCCAGCGGAACCUGGCCGUCUUACCGCGGAGGAUCUCCGGCGUGGCAUGGUCAGCAUGCUGCCAUGUAAUUCACGGGCCUGCGAUCUCACUCACCCUCUACUUUCAAUACCACAAGGUUACUCCGGUAAACUAUUUGGCCGCCUAUACGAACCAACGCCCACUCGGAGCGGCGCCAUCGGUGGUAGCAAACCAAAGGUAGCUACGCCAGCCGUGGUGGAGAAGAUUGAAAGCUAUAAACAUGAGAAUCCAACCAUCUUCGCUUGGGAGAUCAGGGAUAAACUCGUUGCAGAUGGAGUAUGUACAACAUCGACUGUACCAAGCGUGAGUUCAAUCAACCGCAUAUUACGUAAUCGAGCAGCAGAAAGAGCGGCGGCCGAGUACGCACGCGCAACGGAACAGGCGUAUCUUCGCGCGUAUCCCGAACUAUGGUCUGGCUGUCACGGAUCCCAGCUUUUCAACCCGUUAUCUGUUGCACACGCUCUGAGACUGGAUAAGAUUCAGAAAACGACAUCUACGUUUGAAACUAGUCAUUCAUCUCCAGGAUUACCUCUCCAAAGGGGAUGCUGCUCCGCUUCCCCUCCGAUAGAUACAAACUUCGGAUCGACAGAUGCAGAAUCAUCAUCGUCGAACACCGAAUCGAGGGAUGUAAGUCAGCGCGUGAUCAAUGAUGUCAAGGUGGAAGAUUCCUCAUCCGACGUCGCCUUCGCUCCUCCAUCUUCCUCCUCACAUCUGACCUCAUCGUCAUCUCUAAUGUCGUCAUCAUCGCCUUCCUCGUCGUCGUCGUUCUCGAUGGAUGAUUUCGUCAACAUGAGUCUUCUGGAUUGCCAUAAUGCAGCAGCCGCAGCCGCAGCAAAAGAGAUGUCAAUGGCGGCAGCAGCGGCCUCUGCAGAACGCAAGAAACUUAGACGCAGCCGCACGACGUUUACACAAAAUCAACUGGCCGUGUUGGAGAGCGAUUUCGAAAAGACACACUACCCCUGCGUGAAUACGAGAGAGGAGCUGGCGACCAAGACUAGCCUCUCGGAAGCCAGGGUUUGGUUCUCAAACCGUCGUGCAAAAUGGCGUCGACACAAGAAGAUGCCCUCUACGUCCAUCCCUCACCAGGUCUCUCACGCGCACUUGCCUCGCAUGCCUCUGUCUUCCGCCUCCACAUCGAUGGCAGCGGUGGGAUUGCUAUCCCAUCCCUACUACCAAUUCUACAGCGCCCUCCAACGACCAGAAUCCUUCAAGCCUAUCGAGCUGGGAGGCUCCAAAAUGCUCAAGUCCUCUCGAGUGACGUCAGCUUUCCAACCAGUGACGUCAGACAUGGUUAGGCCUUCCAUGAAUUCGUCUUCCUAAUUCUAAAAGAUCUUCCAGUUUAAGGAAUUCUGUGUGGCCUUCCUUUUUGGUGUCUUAAAACGACUAUACCUGAGUACAUAAACCGGGAAAAAGUGCAAUUAGACGUAUUUCUUUUUAUAUCUAUAAAUAAUUGAAAUAAAUAAAAUGCCAAGAAGUGCCAUGCUAAUUUAUGUUGAUCUUAAAGAAACUGCACUCGUUUGAUUAUAUAUAUUUUUAUAUACAGCUCUUAGCAAGGG